AUCAAUCAAAAUUACAAUUCAAUCAUCUUUUUCAUCUAUUCACGACAACAGCCACGUGGCAGCGAUAGGUGCUAUAAAUGUACGCUAAAAUAAACAAGUUUGUAAACAAGUUAGAUUCUGACAAUUAGUAUACAACUCAACACACUUGCUUAUGUCUUCUUCAACGCAUCUUCUUGCUUCUGUUGUGCUUCGCAAUUCUCAGCCAAUUGAAAUAGGAAAAAGAAGAGUUUUGCUAAAAGAAACAUCAAUGAAUAUUACACAAAGCAUGACUGACCCUUUGUCAACCAAACCGUAUCGAUCAUGGGCUCUGUCAGCUAUUCAUACAGCUUCUUCUCAUGUUGGACAAGCUAAUCCCACCAAUCUAGCCAUUGAUACAACCAAAGAAAGAAUCCGGAAGCUGUUCAACCAUGUGGACCUUUCGGUUUCUUCAUACGACACGGCCUGGGUAGCCAUGGUCCCUUCUCCUAGCUCACCCAAAUCCCCUUGUUUCCCCGAGUGUCUUAACUGGUUAGUUGAUAACCAGCUCGAUGAUGGUUCAUGGGGUCUUGUUGAUCACAAUCGUACUCACCCGUUACUUAAAGAUUCCCUUUCUUCAACAUUAGCAUGUAUUGUUGCACUAAAACGAUGGAAUGUUGGGGAAGACCAAAUUAAUAAAGGUCUACGUUUUAUCGAGUCGAAUCUUGCUUCAGCUACGGACAAAAGUCACCCAUCUCCCUUUGGUUUUGACAUCAUAUUUCCUGGUAUGCUGGAGUAUGCGCAACAGUUGAACAUAAACCUACGUUCAAAACAAACAGAUUUUACUUUAAUGCUACAUGAGAGAGAUUUGGAGUUAAAAAGAUGUCAUUCAAAUGAGAUGGAAGCAUACCUGGCAUAUAAUUCAGAAGGACUUGGGAACUUAUAUGAUUGGCAUAUGGUGAAGAAAUAUCAGAUGAAAAACGGUUCUGUUUUCAACUCACCAUCAGCAACCGCAGCUGCUUUUAUUAAUCGUCAAGAUACCGGUUGUCUUAAUUAUCUAACUUCGCUUUUGGACAAGUUUGGUAAUGCAGUCCCAACAGUUUAUCCUCUUGAUUUAUAUAUCCGGCUUUCCAUGGUUGAUACACUUGAAAGAUUAGGAAUCGCACGCCAUUUCAGUGUGGAAAUUAAAAAUGUUUUAGACGAAACAUACAGACGUUGGGUGGAGAGGGAUGAGCAAAUAUUCAUGGAUGUUGUAACUUGUGCUUUAGCCUUUCGGUUAUUAAGGAUCAAUGGGUAUGAAGUAUCUCCAGAUCCAUUGGAAGAAAUUACUAAUGAAGGAGCAUUCAAAGACGAAUAUGCAGCUCUUGAAGUGUAUAAUGCAUCACAGAUUUUAUACCCAAAGGAAUUAGCUUCUGGAGAACAAAUCUUGAGGUCGGGUGAUUUCCUCAGUAGGAUAACAUCCACUGAUUCAAACAGGCUCUCUAAAUUUAUUCAAAAAGAGGUGGAGAAUGCUCUUAUGGUCCCCAUUAGUACAGGUUUAGAACGCAUAAACGCUAAACGAUAUAUAGAUCAUUACGAUGUGGACGAUACAAGAAUUUUGAAAACUACAUAUCGAUCAUCAAAUAUUAGCAACCAGGAUUACCUAAAGUUUGCAGUUGAAGAUUUUAACUCCUGCCAAUCUAUUUACCGUGAAGAAAUGAAAGGUUUUAAAAGGUGGAUAGCAGAGAAAAAACUGGACCAGCUCAAGUUUGCCAGGGAAAAGUCAGCCUACUGUUAUUUCACUGCUGCUGCAACACUACCAUCUCCUGAGUUAUCAGAUGCCCGUCUUUCAUGGGCUAAAAAUAGCCUCCUUACUGUAAUAGUUGAUGACUUUUUUGAUGGUGGUGCUACUAUCGACGAAUCGACCAACCUAGUUUACUGUGUUGAAAAAUGGAAUGUAGAUGUUGACAAAGAUUGUUGUUCAGAGCAAGUUCGAAUUGUAUUCUUAGCAUUAAAAGAUGCAAUAUGUUGGAUGGGAGACGCAGGUUUCAAAUGGCAAGAACGAGACGUAACAAGCCAUGUUACUCAAGUUUGGUUGGAUGUGUUGAAUAGUAUGUUGAGGGAAGUUAUAUGGAGAAGAGAUGCUUAUACACCAACAAUGAAUGAGUAUAUGAAAAAUGCUUCCGUGUCGUUUGCAUUAGGCCCGAUUGUACUGAACACUAUGUACUUUGUGGGACCCAAGUUGUCAGAGGAGAUUGUCAAAAGGUCUGAGUAUCAUAACAUAUAUGACCUAAUGAGCGUUAUGGGUCGGCUUCUGAAUGAUAUCUAUAGCUUCAUGAGAGAAAUUAAGGAAGAACUAAAUGCUAUAGAAUUGCAGUUGAGGAAUGGAGAAAGUGCAACUGGGGAGGAAGAGGUUAUAAAGGAGAUCACGACGGAUAUAAAGAACAUGAGGAGAGAGAUUAUGAAAUUAGUUACGGAAGAAAAAGGAAGCGUUGUUCCUAGAGCUUGUAAAGACUUAUUUUUGAACAUGAGUAAUGUGUUGAAUCUUUUUUAUGCAACGGAUGAUGGGUUUACUGGAGACACGAUUCUUGGUAUUGUGAAGGACAUCUUUUACGAGCCGUUGAGUUGAAUGGAAGUGAAGAACAAAUGUAAAUCAUGUUUGAAAAUCAUGCUUUUGAUGGGGUUACUGUACUACUGUUGUAUGUUUAGUAGAUAAAUAAAUACAAAGCAUGUUGUAUGUCUAGUAGAUAAAUAAAUACAAAGCAUGAGUAAUAAAGAUUUUGCUUUUCAUUGUUAGAGUGGCUUAAUCAGUGAAGCAAGUCGGUCGGUUUGAGAUCCAAACAGCCUGGUUCAUGGUUUAGUUGUGCCGAUUUAGCGGUUUGCCUUGUUUGGAACAUGGAAUCCUUUGGGUGAACUGAACAAGCUUUUUUUUU